AUGAAGAACACAAACACCAACACAAAACUGAUUCUUCUUCAUCCAUAUAUCCAAAAACAAGGAAACUCGAAUCGAUUAUGGCUUCUAGCAUUCAUAUCAAUUCUCACUUUAGCUUUCCUUGCAACACUGAUUUACACAAGAGACAGAGAAUCAACCUUAAACAACACAAACACUUCCAUAAUUUCAUCUGUUAUUAGUAGCACCAACGCUGUUUCUGCACCAUUACCAGCAACAGUUAUCAACACUCUUAUUCACUAUGCUUCGAAAUCAAACGACACUUACCACAUGACAUAUUCAGAUCUCAAACCAAUCUCCGACGUGCUUCGAAAAUGUUCAUCGCCGUGUAACUUGCUCGUUUUCGGUCUAACGCCAGAGACACUUCUAUGGAAAGCACUUAACCAUAAUGGAAAAACAGUCUUCAUCGAUGAAAACCGAUACUACGCAGCGUAUAUAGAAGAAAAACACCCUGAGAUUGAUGCUUAUGAUGUUCAAUAUACAACGAAAAGGAGUGAGAUGAAAGAGUUAAUAGCUUCUGCUAAAGAGCAUGUAGCAAAUGAAUGUAAGCCGGUGCAGAAUCUUUUAUUCUCGGAUUGUAAACUCGGAAUCAAUGAUCUUCCAAACCAUGUUUAUGAGGUUGAUUGGGAUGUUAUAUUGGUUGACGGACCGCGCGGGGAUUGGCCGGAAGCUCCCGGAAGAAUGUCCGCGAUAUUUACGGCCGGUGUGUUGGCUAGAAGUAAGAAAGGUGGAAACCCUAAAACUCAUGUUUUCUUGCAUGAUUUUUCUGGUGAAGUGGAACAGGUUUGUGGGAAUGAGUUUUUGUGUAAAGAGAAUUUGUUGGAAGCAAGUGGAAGUAUGGGGCAUUAUGUUUUGGAAAGGAUGAAUGAGAGCAGUGUUCAAUAUUGUAAAGGCUCUUCAUCAUCAUUAUCCACUUAG